AUGGCCGGAGCGCCCCCAGCGUUGGUCCCUCCUCCUCCAGCAGCCCUACCUCCCAACUUCAGUGCGCUCCUGGCGCAACAGCAGCAGCAGCAGCAAAGCCAAGCUGCUGGACUUGCGGCGGUGCUUCAGCGCGCCGCACCGGGCCCACCCGGGGCUCCCGGCUUCCCGGGAGGCGCGCCGCCGGCACCGCCAGGCCUGGGUGCUCCGGGACUUGGGGGCCUUGGCCUGCCUCCGCUUUCUGGGCUGCCACCGCCGCCACCAGGCUUAGGUGGCCUAGGCCUUCCCGGACUCGGAGGCUUCGCAGAUCCCACGCAGCCAGCCCCCACUGGGCUUGGUGCUGUGGGCCAGCUGCCACCGCCCGCUCCCCCACAGCUCGGGGUCACUGGGGUAGCACCAGGGGCCCCUCAGCAGGUGCCGCCGGCCCCACCCCUCCUAAAUCCUGGCGCGCAAGCCGCUGCGGCGGCGCAGGCGGCUAUCCAGAGUGCACAGGUCAAGGCGGCGACGGAGCAGGAGCAGCAGAAGGCGGCGCAUGCCGCCAUGCAGGCCCAGGCGGCUAUCGACGCCCAGGCGGCCUUAGACGCCCACACCGCGGCCAGCCUCGCGGAGCUCCAGGCGCAAGCGCAGGCCGCUGAGGGUUUCCGGAAGGGUGGGUUGCUCAUGGGUUUUGGGGUUUAG